CGGAGUUGCAUUGAAGGUAUUGAUCGUCCGGAGGUGAAUGUUUUGACUUUUGUGGAACAUUCUGAAGUUUUUCGACUUUUGUGGGUAUCAUUUUGUAUCACUUGGCUCACUCUUUAUAAAACCGUAAACAAUGGGAACUAUUUCUUUUGAUAAGGACCAUUCUUUUAAUGGUGAAACAGCUUUUUCAAAAUCAAAUCACAUCUAUAAAUUUAUCACUGAAUGUCCAGAACACUUGUCGAACAGCAAAGAUAAUAUGAAUCACUGUAAUAGUGACAACGAAUUAGACUUACAAGGAGAAAGUAGUGGUAUUCAAAUGAUGAAUACUCCAGUAGUCAAUCAUGAUACUUCUUGUGCCCAUCCACCUGGUAGUAAACGUCGAUUAUUCAACGAUGAUAACCAUAGCCCUAUAUUUACUCAACAACCUUUUACUGAUGAAUAUAGUUCUUGUGGAAAACUUACUCGAGGAAAACAAAAAAUACCCAUUGAAUUUAUUACUGAUCGUACUAAAAGAUAUUCAACUUUUUCAAAGCGUAAAACUGGACUGAUGAAAAAAGCAGUUGAAUUAGCAGAAUUAACGGGUGCUGAAGUACUUCUUCUUGUUGCUUCAGAAACAAAUCAUGUUUAUACAUUUGCUACACAACGAUUAAAGGGUAUAAUUGAGUUGGAGUGUGGUAAGAAAUUGAUACAGACGUGUUUAAGUUCAUCUGUAAGUACAGAUAAUUCAUUCAUGAAAAAUGACUAUCAAGAUUCAAAAAUUUCAUCCAGUAAUCAAAAUGAAAUGGAAUGGAACAGUUGUAAAAAGGAAAACAAUAUUGUUACCAAUUCAAAUAAACAUAAAGACUGUAUAGCCGAAUCACUAUGUAUACGUGAUGAAGAUAGUACAACAGUUCCUGUGUUAAAAGUAGAAACAUCGCCUCAAAUAUCAAAUCAAAUUCCUAUUAAUAAAUUAGAUAAUCAUGAUGAUAAUUUUCUUAGUUCAACAAACAAUUCUAGCCAGGGUGAUGAUCAUAUUUCUCUGGAUAAUGAAACUGUUGGCAGUCAUUUAUCUGAAAUAAACAAUAUCUCUAAUUCAGUUGAUAGUAAUAAUAUGUUAUGUGUACCACUUAGUGUAUUCCCUUCUUCUACAUCACAAAAUGUCUUCACAUUAACUCCAUUAUCUUCUAGUCUUUUUUUAACUGCACAAAUUACUACAAAUCAAUUGUUUUUAGUACCACAAAUAAAUUCAAUGUCUUAUAUUCAAUCAGAUUCAACAAAUGUAUCAAAUAAUUUAUCAAUAUCGAAUCAAUCGAAUUCUAAUUUUAUAGAGUUUCAAAAUAACAAUCCAAGUAAUAAAGAAUCAUUGGAAUUUCCUACAGAUUGUACAAUUAAAGAAUCCAUAUUUCUUAAAUCUGAUAGUAAUGAAAAUUUAAUCAAUAAAUUAGGAGAUAAUUCAUGUAAACAUUACUUUCGACCUGCAGAUUGAAUCGUCAUUUUUACUGUUUCCCUUCUAAUUUGUUUGUUUUAAAAAUACAUUACUAACCUUUAGUUUAUAGUUUAUUAUUAUGCUGCUUUGAAUUUGUUUAUACUUUUUUUUUUCAAAAUAUUUAGAGUCCUUCAUCGUAUUUAAUAUUUUAUUGAAAAUACUUCUGAGUUAUUUUGCUUGGCAACUGUAUAAAAUCAUGUAAUUCUGGAGUUAUCUGUUGAUAUUCUAGUCAUUCCGAAUUUAUGCCAAGUACGCAUAUUGUGUACUUAAAAGAAGGUAUGUGACCAUGUGCUUUGGAGCAUAGGAAUAUUUCUGUCCGUCACUUUCGGGGACUGAAAAGAUUUGAUAAUAGUUUUCAGUAUAGUGAAACCAAUCAAGAAACUAUUGUGGAUAAGGAAGCGUUAUCAAUAGGAAAAAAAUCUCCCUGAAUUUAUUACAAUCACCGUUGAACCAUAAGUCCGGGAUCUGGUAAUUCGAAUUGUUCGACCUUCAAAUAAUUAUUGAUCGGUUUACCACAACUUCGAAUUAAAUACCUUACAAAAGACUCAUAUAUUAUGAAAUUUAGAUCAUGUACUAAAUAUAAGAAGAACGCGUUUUUAUUCGUCAGCGAGAUUCGAGCUUUUAUUCAAAUAACCCUAUUAAAACAUUUAUUAUUGCUGAUGUGGAAAUAAAAUUGUCUAAUGAUUUAACUUCGAAUACUGUCGUUCACCAUGACAAUGUAGUGUUUGCAGGAAACUGAUUCAUGUGAUAUUGAUUUCCAGACUAAUUAGGUUCAACUUGAUAGAUCGUAUAUAUGGACUCAUAAUCGAGUAUUUGGAUCUUAAGUCACCUGUGUAAAUUGAUUUCAUAACGACUGUUUGGUAGAUUCCAUCGAAGAAAGUCUAUUCGAUACGGCGUUUACGAC